AUGAUCGAGAUCAAGCUAUUAAAAUCCAUCUUCCUAGUGAUACUAUUUAUUAACAUUUUCUAUUUUGUGAAAGUGUAUCGAGUCGAGGAGGAACGAAUACGAGAGUUGGCUUUAAAACAUGCUAGUUCAAUCACCUACACAACAGAUGACGAAGUCCAGUUUGACCGACUGAAAGAGUAUCAUUUGUUAGAAACCAAUGAGAAAAUUGCCUUUUUACUUGAGAAAGUUGAGCAAAAUCUGGAUAACCAUUAUUGGCUCAGCGAUGUUUCGGUUGAGGAAAACUCAAUCAUCAUAGACCCCUGGGACUAUUUACCGCCUACGGCUGCAAAGCCAUUUACAUGGCGUAAUAGACGACAACUACAAUAUGAGCCACGGCUUACUUUGGCGAUAUACUUGGAUGAACUUAAACACCAGUUGCAGCUUAAAAAUCCGCGAAAUGAAAAGCUGAAGGACCAUUUGAUUCAGUUGCCCUUUGCCUGGUCCGAUUGGGUCGAUUUGACAAUGUUGAAUCGUGAGAUAUUGAAACCCAUUGGUGAAAAGCGAACUUGUGAAUCCUUGCAAGAACGAGCCAACAAGAGAACCAAAUACCCCAAUUGGUGCAAGAAUUUAAUCGACUUGCAAGAUGAUGAAGUGAAGCUGAUUGGAUUGGCUCGGAAUGACAUGCCCGGGUUUAUAGUCAACAGUUCACCCAUGAAUAAAGCAUACCACCAAGAAGUAAUGCUACAGGGGAAAAGCCAUUUACUCACUAGUCAAGAAAACCCCCUUUCCAUCAUUUUCUUGACAAAAGAUGGCACUUAUGAGGCUCAGUUAACUGGGGAGCGGCAAAGAUGGGCUAGAACCGAUUUAUUUGACAAGUAUCUAGCUCGAAGAAAUCUAGACCCAAAUAACUCGGGCAACAACGACCUCGGUCGUAUCGAGUUGAAUCCAAAAAGAGAAUUUGAUUCCUUAUUGCAAACUAUACCAGCACGACCUUUGGAUAUUGACGACGACAUUUACCGAAUGAGACAAAUUACAAGACAGACGGAAUUUAACGCGUCACGUGAACUCCACCUCGACAAAGAUGCUUUCCACUAUAAGCAAGAGGAUAUUGACGAGCAAAUCAGCGAUUACGAAAUCAGACUCAACAAGAUUGAAGCUGCCGUGACCAAUGAAUUGAGAUAUGACCGCAAGGUUAUUCAAGAAAACAGACUUUCACGAAGAGAAUGGAACCAUUACAAUGGGUUGAAGACCGCUAAUUCGUUCCCCGUUGCCAAAGAACCCACCUACUAUAAACUUGCCACUUUGAGAAAAGACAAGAACAACAAAGACACCGGCUGGCAUUACGAAUGGCGGUUCUUCAACGGCGCAUUGCGUUACAUCAAGGAUAAAUCGUGGACGGAGCAGCAGCUUGAAGUCCGCGAACAAAUCAUCCUCGAUAGACUACUACGCAACUGGUUCAGAUUCGCCGAGGAGAAAGGCAUCAUAUCAUGGAUCGCGCAUGGGCCCUUAUUAUCGUGGUAUUGGGACGGGUUAAUGUUUCCCUUUGACAUUGACAUCGAUAUCCAAAUGCCCAGCUCGGAAUUGAAUAGAUUAUCAGCAAACUACAACAUGACGUUGGUGGUGGAGGACAUCAGCGAAGGUUACGGCAAGUACCUCAUUGACUGUUCCACGUUCCUCCACCACCGCGACUUGGCCGCUAAGGACAACCACAUCGACGCUCGAUUCAUUGACGUUGACUCUGGCACGUACAUCGACAUCACGGGGAUGGGCAUCAACAACGAGAAACCCCCACCGCAAUACUCGCGCUACAUCAAAUCCAAGCAGCGUCAAGGAGAAUCAGUUGAGCUCUACAUGGAUCGGCGGAAACAUUGGUUGAGUUUCGACAAGAUCAGCCCCUUGCACUACUCCAUGAUUGGCGGCGUGCCCGUUUACGUGCCCAAUGAUGUCAUGUCGAUGCUCAACAAUGAGUAUUCGGGAGGAACAACGUUGCUCUAUUUCGACGGCUACUACUAUGUGCCGUGUCUCCGGCUCUGGAUCCAGCAAGCUAAAGUCAAGUCGAUUUUCAGACCCGAGCAGUACGUGUCGAAAUCGAGGGAACGCGAGCGGGAGAAAUUGAUAUCGUUAAUUUCCAAUUUGGACGAGGAGGGCAAAUUGCGACUCUUGGAAUUGAAUGAAGAUGUCUUGAUUGAAUAUUACUUGACUCAUAAACUCACUGCGUUGCAUGAAAUUGAAAAAAAGUACAUGUUUGAUUACUCUUUACAGCAGUCGAUGUUUGACUUGCUGGAAAAGACCGAGUAUCACGAGUUGACUUCACAUUUCAAAAUGAAAUCCCCCUUGAGGAAAAGCUUGUAUGAUUUUGAGCAUUUUGAGAGGUUCAAGCAUAUGAGGAAACCGAGUCAGGUGAAGCCAGAAGUGGCUCAGCCUGGUGCAAAUUACCCUGUUAUCGGCAGCCAUGAUGCCGGUUUUGGGGCUAACCAAAUAGGACCGUUGUCACUACAAGAUGAUCAUAGUGACCAAGAUGACCAAGGUGAUAAUCAUGGUGAUGGCGGUAGCGAUGAAGAAGGGGGAGGAGGACGAAACGAUCUGCAUGGAGAUAAUCUGGAAGAUCACGCACAUCACGAUGAAUUUUGA